AGCUGCCCGGUGUCUAACGCCGCCGGGAUGGAGAGCAAACGGGAGCCGCUCAGACGGUACAUCUGCUCGUUCGCGGGCUGCCCGGCGGCCUACAACAGGCAGUGGAAGCUCGACGCGCACCUGUGCAAACACACCGGCGUGAAGCCGCACGCGUGCGCGCGCUGCGCCAAGUCCUUCUGCACCUCGUACCACCUGGCGCGCCACGCGCUCAGCCACAGCGGCGAGAAGCCCUUCCGGUGCCCCGAGGACGGCUGCGGGGAGGCCUUCACCACCGCCGCCAACCGCGCCCGGCACGUGGGCCGCGUGCACGCGCCCGGCCGGAAGAGGACGUACGCGUGCAGGUUCGAGGGCUGCGCGCUCGAGUUCCGGAAGAACAAGCAGCUGAAGGCCCACGUGUGCGAGCGCCACGGCCCGCCGGCCGGCCACCCGUGCACGCACGAGGGCUGCGCCAUGCGCUUCGCCGUGCCCAGCAAGCUGAGGCGGCACGAGAAGGUGCACCGGGGGUACCCGUGCGCGGACGAGGGCUGCGGCUUCACCGGGAAGACGUGGACCGAGUACCUGCGGCACCGGAAGGAGCGGCACCGGCCCGUCCUGCGGUGCGACCAGUGCGACAAGUCCUUCCGGGACUCGUGGUUCCUGCAGCAGCACCGCCGCGUCCACUCGGAGACGCGCGUGGUCCUCCGGUGCCCGAGGGCCGGCUGCGAGCGCUCCUUCACCACCGCCUUCAACCUGCAGAGCCACGUCGGCUCCUUCCACGAGGAGCGCCGGCCCUUCGCCUGCGCGCACGCCGGCUGCGGGAAGACGUUCGCCAUGAAGCAGAGCCUCCGGCGCCACAGCGUCGCCCACGACCCGGACAAGAAGAAGCUGGCCAAGGCCCGGCCCAAGAGGUCGCUGGCCUCCAGGCUGAGCGGCUACGGCGGCACGGCGGCGGGGAAGCCGGCCGAGGAGUCCGGCCCGCCCGGCCCCGUCGAGCUGGUGUCCCUCCUGCAGGACACGUCUCUGCUGUGCGGCCCCGCCGUGGACACCCACGGGCUCGCCGAGGCCCUGGCUACGCCCCUGGCGGUGUAGAACGGAAGGUGGCGGUGCCGCUACGAGGACACGUGGUGGGAGAGAAGUCCACGCUGAUGCGUCUGCAUCUGAGGGGCCUCGGUUUGACGCUUUAACCAGCUGCUUUAUUUCAUUUCUUUAUUCUGAUGAGUCCUGAAUUAAGACAAAUCCUGUCCCUCCGUCCCUCCGGGUGUCAUCGACUUUCUUUGUGUUGUUUGUUUGUUUUUUGUUUAAUAUAUCCGGUAAAAAACUUGUAUGAAUAAAUAAAACCGGUGGCAUAUAGAUAUGAUUUUGUCACAAAUAUAUUUACUCGUAGGGGGGUAACUGUGUUUCUGAGAUACAUGGACACAAAACUGAAAAUAUUGUGCGAACCACACCAGAGAUGUUUACCUGUAGAACAGUGUCAGCGUUAUAUCUCAUAUCUCUGAAGAAUAUGACUUAUUUUUCAGGAUUAGCAGGAAGUUGGUCAAAGAUUGCUGGACCGAAAAACCAAAUUUUACAACCAUUUAAAGUUGGGACGUCGUUUGGUGGGUAAAGACGUCGACCGCAUCACGUGCAAUGUGAAAAAAAUGCAAUAAAUGGCACCACUGCGCGUGAUCGCAACA